GUUUGUAUAUGUUUAUGAUCAUCUGACCCUUAACGGAAAAGUUGAAGUACCGAGUUAUCUACUGCAAGAUUCGCCGAAUAGGAAUAUCAAUUGAGGGGAAUGAAAAGUUUUGGUGCAUGAGUGUGAUUUAUAUGCAAAAAGAGGCUGACGCAGUUUGAAAACAUGGGAAGUAGACCACCACCUCCUAGUCCUCCAUUUCAAAUCACAUUUGGGAGUCCUUCCUGGAGAUUUCAAAUACAACAAGGCAAUAAUCAGCAAAUAGUUCUCUCACAAUGGCUGCAAGGUCAGCGAUCACAGCAAGGACGUCAAGGAGAAAGUCUAACAGAACCUCCUGGUCAAGGACAACCAGUCAACAGUAUUGAAACUACUGUAGACAUAUCUGGUUCAGAUAAUCCAGUUUCAAACCAAUCACCUUCAAAUGAACAGACUAUUCCUUCCACCCCGCCUACAACUCAGGCCACCCCCAAUGUAUCAACUAAUCCAUUCUCAGCAAUCAACCAAUUUUUGGAACAGAAUCCAGAAAUGUAUGGUGUUCUGCAGACACUUCUAGCUUACAUUCCUUUUUUAAUCCUAAUUUUAUUUAAGGAAAUUUACAAACAUACUUCAGAUAUACUUGUUAUUCUGGCUUUGGUCGUGACUUUUAUCCAUGCUGAUAGAACUGUACAGAGGGAAGUUUCUAAGCAAGGGAAGAGAGAAUUGAAACCUUUAGGAAUCAUAGCUCUAAAUAUUGUUGCGUGCGUGUUACUUGUGCACUUUUUGUGCGGCGACAAUGAAUUAUACCACAGUCUUUUGGUUUUCAUGCCUAACUCCGCUCCAAUAACACUAGCCAAUUUAUUUUGGGCCGUGACGACAACCGACCAUAUUUUGAAACUAGCUACUGUUCUUUUCAAAGGCAUUCUUACCGCCAUUCCAAUUGCCGUGUUUCCUAUCUCUCGACGGGGAAAAUGCUUCGCUUUCAUCGAAAGAUCUUCUCACCUCUACCGAGCCCUAGCAGCAGUACCACCAUGGAUUCACUACCUUCUUAACAGUCAGUCGAGUGAAAGUUCAAGCAUUUUCUUCUAUGAUACGCUCGUUGGAGUCUGUUUGUGUGGGAUAUAUUUAACCUGUAAAGCUUAUAGAGCUAUCAAGCUCGUCAGAAAAUGGAAGCUUUCAGUUUCAAAACUGCUUCAAAGCACGCGCUAUGGGGCUCAUCCUUCCAAUGAACAACUUCAGAACGCAGGCCCUAUGUGUCCCAUCUGUCACGAUGGAUACAGGAAACCAAUCUUUCUUUCAUGUAAACACAUCUUCUGCGAAGACUGCUUGUCCAUGUGGUUGGAUCGAGAAAGAACAUGCCCAAUGUGUCGUUCAACGGUAGCCGAAGAUCCCAAAUGGAAAGACGGCAGUACCUCAUAUCUUGUCCAACUUUUCUGAGUUACUUACAUGGUUGUUCAUUCACCUUAACACCGAUGCCUCAUAUUAUAUAUUCAAAAUUUCAAAUGUAUUAAAAGGUUGCGACUUUUGUGAUCCUAACGUUGGGCGAAUCGUACAAGUCUGAAAUCUGUUCUUGUGUAAUGUAAAAACAAAGAAAGAGGAUGUUGUUGUUGCUUGGUUUUUACACAAUAUAUUUUUUUCCACUGAAAGAGCGAAUAAUAUGGCAUCAGAGAGAUAAAGAGUCGCUAAAGUGAUAUACUUAAAAUGCUAUUUUGCUUGCUAUGCUAUGCUAAACCUGAAAGGAAAAAUAAAGUUUUGAUCAUA